AUAUAAAGAGGGUGAGUGCCUGUGUGUGUUUUUGAAGGCCAUAUGGUGCAAAGAACUGUUUUGAAGGUGCAAUUAUCAGGCGAGAAAAGCAAGAAGAAGAUCCUUAGAGCAGUUUCUGGACUUCCGGGUGUAGAUCAUAUUGAAAUUGAUGGAACCAAAGGAACGUUGACGGUAACGGGAGAUGCGGAUCCUUAUGAGAUAAUAUUACGAACAAAGAAAUCCGGAAAAUUUAUUGAAGUGGUGACUGUUGGACCUCCGCCAGCACCUCCAAAGAAGCCCGAAGAAAAGAAACCCGAAGAGAAGAAGCCACCAGAGAAAAAACCUGAAGAGAAGAAACCACCAGAGAAAAAACCCGAAGAGAAGAAGCCUGACCAAAAUUUCCAUAUUCAUCCUUAUAAUAUCCCCUAUCCACAAGAUUGUGUUAUUUGUCAACAAAUGGCCAUGGUUCAUAUGAACCGGUGGUAGAAACCGGAUUCCCCUUGUGCAAUUAUGUAUGUAAUAUACUCGUGAAGACUAUUAUUCAAAUAUAAAAUUAAACAAUCAUAUUGUCAUUUUA